AACUGUCUCUCUCAUCCCCCACAAUAAUGACUGGGCAAAAUCUCAACCACAAGUCUUGUGGCCUUAUCCACAACAUCAAACUUAAGUGUUUGCAUUCAAACUAUCGACAUGUUUCCAAAUUCGCAAUCCCCAGAGUCGAAACUGUUUGUUCAAUGGCCACUAAGCUACUUCACCCAUCAAUGGCUGAUUCCCGUCUCAGCCCUCUCAUCUUCAGAACCAUGAAUAUCACCAAGCUCCAAGGAUUUGUCUCCCCAGGUCCUCGUUCAAAACCAAACACCUCAUCAAGAUUUGUGGAGACCCCUUCUGGAUUCAGACCCAUCACUAUCACAAAAGUUGCAAAACAGAACUCUGGCUUGCUAGGUGAUGAAGCACUUUCCUGCGGCAAAACUGCACUUUACGAAGCUGUGCAAGGAAUUAAUAGGGGAAUUUUUGGACUCACUUCUUCCAAGAAGUCUGAAAUUGAAACUCUGGUGAAGCAGCUGGAAUCUCUGAAUCCAACCCCAGAUCCUACUCUCAAUCUGGACAAGAUGGGUGGAUGCUGGAGACUUGUUUACAGCACAAUCUCAAUUCUGGGCUCCAAGAGAACGAAGUUAGGUCUCAGGGACUUCAUCUCGUUGGAUGAUUUUUUCCAGAUUAUUGAUGUAGCUGAGAGCAAAGCAGUGAAUGUGAUCAAGUUCAGUGCAAAGGGGUUGAGUUUGUUGAAUGGACAAUUUAGUAUUGAGUCCUCUUUCAAGAUUGCCUCCUCGACAAGAGUUCUGAUAAAUUUUGAAAACUCCACAAUCACUCCUGACCAGUUAAUGAAUGUGUUUCGGAAGAACUAUGAUGUUUUGUUGAGCAUCUUCAAUCCAGAGGGAUGGCUGGAGAUCACGUAUCCUAACACAUUAUUCAACAUAAUUCUAACAUUGCCUUUGUUUUCUCGUAUGCUUCACGUGAAUUUAGAUUCUUUAUUAGGGAAAUGACAUUUAGGUCCCAUGCUUGCAUUCAGAAAUCUAAUCAAGCUAAAACAUUAAUUCAAUUAAUGGUCAGUGAUAGUCAGACUGAUCAAUGGUUAUUAACAUAGCAUUUCAUUAAACCAGUCAAGUUACUAAUUGUUUACCAGUUCAACUAGUUGGAUUGACUUGGUUUUAAAUACUGUGAUUCUAAUACUUAUAACAAUAUGAACUAAUAUUUACAACUUAUUUUUUAGCAAAAAAUUUUGAACCUAAAAGUCAUUCCCCUUCUGAAAAAAUAGAAUCGCUUUAUUUUUUUUAAUUUUAUUGAAAUGAAAAUAAAGUAAAUUUGGUUGACAUUGAGAUUGGUUCUUCUGGGUAUGUUUGUUUCUUGCUAUCAUCCAUGAGAUAGAUAUGUGGAUGACGCGAUGAGGAUAGGGAGGGAUGACAAAGGCAAUAUCUUUGUACUGGAGAGAUUUCAAGAUCACAACUCUUAGUUAUUUGAUCUGUGAAGUAUUUUUGUUUUUCAAAAUAAAAAUUAUUUGACUGAUGAGUGAUGAGAAUAUUAUGAUGUCUGGCCUCUUACAUCUGCAUGAAUUCUGCGGCUGAGGAGAUUUUAAUUAGCCGAGCAUAACUGUGAA